UUAGAAUGUUUUUUAGAAACUUUUCAAACGGAACCGCAAACAACAGCACGUAAGCUUAUAAAUAAUUCUUUUGGAAAUUACGAGGUUAUUGAACCAUGGGAAGUAACUGAAAUUAAAAAGGUACCAUCAUAAUUCUAGCCUUCUCUUAGCCUCAUCAUACCUCAAGAAGGACCAAAGAGCCCAGAAAUAAAGACAAAAUCAAUACAGAGCAUGAGACAUAGUUGCAGUUUUGCUAAAACAGGUGUUAUUCUAUGCCAGAACUAUAUAAAGGCUGGUACAACUACAGAUGAAUUGGAUGCAAUAGUCAUGAAAUGAUAUAAGUAACGGGCUAUUCCUAGUCCACUUACUUAUCGAGGAUUUCCACAAUCAAUAUGUACUAGUGUUCAUAAUGUUGCAUGUCAUGGAUUCCAGAAUAACCGCCAUUACAGGGAGAUACUUAAUGUUGACAUAAACAGUAUAUUUAAAGGGUAUCAUGGAGAUUGUUCAAAAACUGUUUGA